GCGGAGCUUGAAAAGGCCUGGUCUACCUUACCGACCCGCGUCGCGGGGGCUCCUGGGGGUUCCUUCCACAGCUGGUGCGCGUGCGCAAGAGUGCGCCGAGAGUGUGCCGUGGUAAUUUAUGAAACUCGAAGAGGGCACUGAGUUGAGGGUUCGGCGAAGUCAGGGUUUCCUAGUUGCGGCGUGGUUACCAACGCCAGCUCUCUUCACUGGCCAAGACAGCGAUUCCGCGGCUCCUCUCAGAACUGGCGCUUGGGCGUGACGGAACGGGCCCCUGGACAGAAGCGGUGCUCACAGGUUCUUAGCUCAAGCCUGAGAAUUACUGCAAUCCAGUAAGGCAGAUUUGAACUACUGUGGGAGUUCUAUUUAGGAAGAUGCAGCCUCUGAGCAAGUUGAUGGCUACCUCAAAACCUCAAAACCUGUCUCUACAUGAACAAAGAGGCUUUCUGAGAGCAGAUCUGUCUUGGCAGCAAGAAAACAACCCUGUCAUGGAGACACAGGACUCUGAGGCAUCUCGUCAAAAGUUCAGACAUUUCCAGUAUUUGAAAGUGUCUGGACCCCAUGAAGCCCUGAGCCAGCUCUGGGAGCUCUGUGUUCAAUGGCUGAGACCAGAGAUUCAUACAAAGAAGCAGAUCAUUGAACUGUUGGUGCUGGAACAAUUCCUGGCAGUCCUGCCUGAAGAAGUCAGGACUUGGGUGAAUUUACAACAUCCAAACAACAGUAAAGAUGUGGUGACCCUCAUAGAAAAUGUGAUUGAAAUGCUUGAAGAUAAAGAUACACCCUGCAAGGACUCUGCGCCCCAGAAGGGGAGCAUCAAGGAUAAAAUGAAAGCUGACUCACAAACGGGCAAACCACAGGAACCAGUGACAUUCAAAGAUGUGGUUGUGGAAUUCAGCAAGGAAGAGUGGGGGCAACUGGACUCUGCUGUAAAGAACCUGUACAGGGAUGUGAUGCUGGAAAACUUUAGGAACCUGAAUUCAUUGCGUAAAGCACAUCUACUUUCCAAACCAGUUGAGAGCCUUGAGUUGAAGAAUAAGAAGAAAAGAUGGAUAACGGAGAAAGAAAUGUCAAGGAAGACUAUUUCUGACAUGCAGAGUAUUUCUGGAGAAGAAACAUCCCACGGAAUGAUUAUGACAAGCCUUACCAAAAGUGGACACUCUUCCUCAGAUGUCUGGAAAGAUGAGGAUUGGUUAUAUAGGAACCAGAAAAAACAGGACAUAGAUUUGCCACAAGAAUUUCCUGAAACAAUCUAUACUGAGGAGGAGGAUUUUGAAUGUAGUGAAAAUAAGAAAAGCUUUGAUGUUAAUUCACUUAGCUCAAUUUGUGCUAUACAACAGGGAAUUCCAAAAUGUGAGGAAUCUCCAAAAUGUGAUAAGUUGAAAACUCACUUCAAAUUUAAUUUAAUCUCAGUAGGUAAGCAAAAUUCAGAAUAUGAUGAAUAUGGGAAUGACUUCAGCCUGAGUACAGAUAUUCAACACCACAAAAGUCAUACUACAAUGAAUUUCUAUGAAUGUUAUCAAUGUGGGAAAGCCUUCUGCCGAAGUUCAUCCCUUAUUCGACAUCAGAUCAUUCACACAGGAGAGAAACCCUAUAAAUGCAGUGAAUGUGGAAGAUUCUUCAACCGACGUACAAAUCUUACUAAGCAUCAAAAACUUCACACUGAAGCAAAGGCCUGCACAAGCAAUAAAAGUCGAAAGGCCUUCUGUAAAAGUGAAGACAGUAAUAAUCCAACAGUCCAUUUUAGAAAUAAUUCCUAUGAAUGUAUUAACUGUGGAAAAUCCUUCAGUCGGAGCUCCUCUCUUAUUCGACACCAAAUAAUUCAUACAGGAGAGAAACCAUUCAAAUGUAAGGAAUGUAAUAAAGCCUUCAACAGGAGUUCAAACCUUGUUAAACAUCAAAAACUGCAUACUCAAGAUAAGUCCUGAAAAAGAAAAAAUGAAAAAUUACCUUCAGUCAAAAUGCAGAACUUAUUCAACAUCAUGAAUUUGUGCUGGAUAAAAUCUCAUGAAUAUAAUGUAAGAAAACAUUUAAGGAAUAAUUAAAGAUUAUUCCUUAAAUAAUAUGGCAGAAUUAAUAAUGGAUAGAAAUAUUAUUGGAUAGAAAUCUGUUUGAAGGAGUUUCCUUGGCUUUCAGAUGAAGCCAUAAGGCUUUGGACUUAAACACAGUAUCACCAUACAAGUGUUUGUGUAUCAUUAUUUUGAUAUCCAUUGCCCUCACCGUUCCCUAGUUCAUACAUAGGGCUAUAGCAUACUAAUAUCCACCUGAUUUAUUGAUGAAGCAGACAUUAGGCAAAGCCAAGCAAUACUCUUAAAGCUGAUAUUUAAGAAAACUCAGCCCUUAGAAGAAGGUCACAAGAAAUCAGGAGCUCAUGAGAAUAUAAGAGAACAUGCUAAGGAGAGAAAUCUUUGAAUUAAUGUCUAAGACCACAGUAACUCCACCCCUGACAAUACCCUUUGCUGUCUUGGUGCUGAAUGGAAACUAGAGUUGUGAGAGGGUUAUCAAUUGCAGUGGGAGAAGGUUGUAUUGUUGUUAAUCUAUAUGUAUUCUUAAAAUCUGCAUUUUUUAAAAGUAUAGCAGGUCUUUGAAAAAUGUUUUUGUUUUGUUAUAAUGUUGUAAUUAUUAUAAUGUUGAUGAGACAAAUAUCAAUUCCCAGCCAGUGACACUGUCUGUGUGGAGUUUGCACACUCUCCCCGUGUUUCCAGGUGCUCCAGUUUCAAACUUCAAAGAUGUACCCAUUAGAUUAAUUGACAUUUCUAAAUUAUCUCAGUCUGAGUUUGCAUGUGAGGGAGAGUACCCUGCGGUAGAAUGGCUUCUAGUCAGGGUUGGUUCCCAUCAUUGCCCUGAGCUGCUAGGAUGUGCUCUGUCCACCCAUGGUCCUGUACUGGAAUAGUUGGGUAAAUAAUUAUGUUACUUGUAUUUGUUAAUCCUUCUUAAAUGUGUGUACAGCUCAGAUUUAUCUUUAUGUCUAAUACUGGAAGCAUUUGGGUCUUUAGAAGUUUGGUGAUGUUGUGACCAGACAUUUGCCAGAGGAACUUAAAUGAUAUACCAUUUAUCCCAGACAUGAGCUUAUUAAAGUGUCCUAAUACUCUGUACACCAGAACUGUGUCUUCUGUAAACUACCUCAGGAUCCCUUCUGGUUCUUGAGACAAGAAUGACUUAAUCUACCCCCAAAAAUUCACACUGGAGACACUCCCAAUUAAUGAUGAUGGUAGCUUUUUGUGAAAAUUCAUACUUUAUUCAAAGGCAGAAAAGGUAUACUGGAGUGAACACCUAUGAUUCAUUAAAUAAUGUCAAAA